AUGCUUUCCUCGACCAUUAAAUGCACAGUGAACAAGACUGCGGCAGCUCCUGCACUGACGCGUGGUUUAGCGGCUGUUGCCCCAUCCAUGAAGGAAGUUGAGGAGAUUGGUGGCUUCGGCAAAAUGACGCAGCCGCAGCUGCAACUCUUCGGUCUACACGCCCGCUAUGCGAAUGCCCUAUACAGUGUGGCUGCCAAGCAAAACCAGCUUGAAUCUGUUGAAAAGGAGCUUUUGACUCUUGAGGAGACCAUCGCUAAGGAACCUAAUUUUGCCUCAUUCUUGCGUGAUCCUACAAUCGCUCGUGCUUCGAAAAAAGAGGAUAUUUCCAAAGUUAUGGAAAAAGCCAAGUUUUCCAAACCCGUUGCUGGUCUCUUUGAGGUGCUUGCUGAAAACGGCCGACUGCCGGACACCGUGGGUGUCAUUGCUGCUUUUAAAAAACUCAUGGGUGCCUAUCGCGGUGAAGUACAGGCUAAGGUUACGUCGGCUGAUCCGCUGACUAAAGCCCAGCUGGACCAGGUAAAGAAAGCCCUCGGCGCUCGUGUGGAAAAGAACGAGAAGUUGUUGGUGGAAACAGUUGUGGAUCCAGAGAUUUUGGGCGGUCUUAAGGUGCAGAUCGGUAACUACUUCAUUGAUCUAUCGCUUGCCACCAAGAUCGACAAGAUCAACACAUUGCUCGCCAAUUCGAGUCAGCCAUAA